CAUACUCGACUCAUUUGUCUUCUUCAUUGCUUUCUGCAUCUUAUUUUUUAAGUGAUAAGCAAGUAUGGCAUCCUGCCAGCAAAUUAAGACCCCGAUAUGCGGUAAUUGUUCGUGUUGGAAGCGCGAAGUCCGUCCAGAUGAACAGGGGCAGAUUGAUCGUGUCAGCUGUAUGGCCUAUCCUAAUAAGGACCUGGGUAUCGAAAAUGGCAGGCCAGCGCUUGUUAGCCAUAAUCCGGUUGAACCAACUCAGAUCUGGGUGAAAAUAGAGACACCGAAUAAUAAUGAUAAUGAUCAACUGAAGCCACCAGGCCCCAUUCCAUUUCCAAGGGUCUUUGUUCUUGUGAGCACGGCCACUGGGCAGGCCCUUUGUGAUAAGGAUAACGAGGUGGUUUUGACCGACUAUAAAAGUGGUUCCAAUGAAAAGAGUCUGCUCUGGACUGAAGAGGGAGGCUACAUAAUUGGCGCGCAUGGCAAGGUCUGGACUGCAGAGGGUGUGCAGGGCAAUAAAAUUACGCUGCGCACCCCGAACGGCCAGGCAAAUCAGCUGUGGAAUACCCGGAAUAUCUUUCCUACCGAAUAGAAGAAUUAUCAUGAUAAAUGAUGUAUGCAGAUAGAUAGAUAGAUAGAUAUAUAUAUAUAUAUAUAUAUAUAUAUAUAUGUUAUAAAUAUGUUAUCUUUAAGCUUAGGUAUAUUUUAAGUUUGUACACCUUAAGUGUGGAGAUCCGGACCAUAUGUAGGUCCAUCUGAUCUUACAAAUAAUGUUUCUAUAACUUUAGUUAUGCACUUUAAAAUUCUAUAGUUUU